UCCGCUGUGCGUUUUUGCUCCGUUCAUGGACACGUUAAAGCAUCUGGGAUGGCAUCUGUCGGAGAAGGGGAUUGAAGAAUGUAAGGGGCUAUCUCCCGGCGUGGACACGGACUCCAUCGUCAAAGUUGCCCUCAAUGGCGAUCUGCGCACCAUCGGGGACAAGUUCCUGCCGGAGGAGAUCACGCGGGGGAAGGUGGACAAGCUGCAGGGUCCGCUGGUCCUGCAGGUGGUGAAGGUGCGAAACGUCGCCGCCCCCCGGGAACAGGAGAGCUGCCAGGGAGCUCCCCGCAUGCUGCGUCUGCAGCUCACGGACGGGCACAUCUCCUGCCCCGCCAUCGAGUUCAGAGCGCUGUCGACGAUCGGGCUGAACACACCCCCAGGGAGCAAGGUUUGCCUCAAUGGUUCGGUCCAAGUCGUCAAUGGCUUCAUGCUGCUGGAAGAGUCCAACGUUCGCCUGCUGGGGGGGGUCGUCGAGCACCUGGUGGAGAAGUGGCAACUCCAGCAGAGCCUGGCACGGCACACGCGCUCCAGAGUCGGCGGAGAGGGAGGACCUCCUCCCUUCGUCCCGUUCGGCCAGCGCACCGCGGGCGACAGCGAGGACUCAGCGGAGGCGCGUCGCCAGCUUGACGCCCGCCGCAGCCUGCAGCCCGCCGCCACCGCCGAGGGGCGUGACGCCUCCGGGGACGACGCCUUCAGCAAGCAGCGCACGGCCGCAAUCGCUCAGGUCGCACGCUCCAAGGAGGCGCGGACCUUCGGAGGCGUUGGCAGCGCCGGCGGGAACUUGCUGAGCGGGGGGUCCCACGCCAGCCGGCCCCUACGGGAACCCGCUGGCCGCCAGCCGCAACGUGAGGAGCGUGGAGCCCGGAGCGACGCGCGGGCAGACGGCAUCUACAGAGAGCUGGUGGACGAGCGCUCGCUGCUGCGCAUCAUGGAGAUGGGCUUCAGCCGCGAGGAGUCGCGCGCUGCGCUCAUGGACCACCACAACCGCCUGGAGGACGCCCUCAACGCUCUCCUGCUCGCCCCGGCGCCGCCGCCGCUUGCCGAACUGGCGGUGCCACAACCGCCGACGCGAGGCGACCGUGGGGGGUUCGGCGGACGAUCUCGUGGUCGCGGCCGAGGUCGCCGCGAGGCGACGGGCGACGACGACGCGCCGGGAGCGGCGGGCGGGGGGCGGCCAUCGGCCCCUAGCACGCUGUUCGACUUCCUCAACCCCAAGAUGGAGGCCCUGUCCCUGGACGUCUCGGACUCCGGGAGCUUGCCGCGCGAGCCGGACUCACAGCCGAGGCGCCGCGGCGUUCCCGGCGUCUUCCACUUCCCUCCGGAGCACCACGGCGCCGGCGAGCGCCGGUUCGGCGGCGGCGGCGGCACCGGCCGUGGCGGAGAGACGCGCCCCGCCGGUCACGACUUGCCGCCGCGCUUCCAGCGGGAGAGGCGGCCGCCCGCGGAAGGCCGGCACUGGGUGGGCGAGGGGCGGGGGAUGCAGCUGCACCAGCCGCAGCAGCAGCAGCAGCAGCAGCAGCAUCAGCAGCAGCAGCAUCAGCAGCAUCAGCAGCAGCAUCAGCAGUGGCACCGCGGACGUCCCGGCAGCGCGGAGGAGGAGCGAGGGCAGAGCCCCCGGAGGAGGCGGACUCAUCGCGGGGGCGACGACGGUGACGACGGCAACGGCGACAGGAGGUACGCCGAGUGCGAGGCGGCCGCUGUGGGGGGGUGGGAGGAGGAGCGGUCCGGCUGGAGUGGGGCCCAGUUGGACAGAGGCCACAGGAGGCGUCAGGGACCCUCCGUGGGGCCGAGCGACGACUUUCCCGCCCUCUGGCACAACGGAGCGGCGGGACGCGGCGGCGGCGUCGGCGUCGCCCGGCCCCCCCCGGCAACCCCAGGGCCCCCCACGGCAACCCCGGGGCCCCCCACGGUAACUCCAGGGCCCCCCACGGCAACUCCAGGGCCCCCCACGGCAACGCCAGGGCCCCCCACGGUGGAACCGACGCCCGCCAGGGCCAGGCGCACAGGACCCAUCAAGCCCCCGCCGGGUCCUCGUCCACAGGGGCAGCACUUGCACGCCGGCGCGGCAGCUCCCGGCGUGCCGAUCGAGCCGUCGGAAGGACCCCACGGGAGGAGUGGCGGCUCACUGAGGACGGGGGACCCGUGCCUGGCACUCUACUGGGAGGACAACAAGAUAUUCGGCGGGGGAGCAACGGGCUCAGGAAAGUUACGAUCGGAAUAA